CACCUCAAGCUUCUUCAGCAGCUCAAGGUUCAGACAGAACACUGAGGACACGCCGCUCAGCAGAAGAAUCAACGUGAAAACACCCACACGGUGUGUUCUUGCGACCGCAUGGCUUUUUCUGGCAUCAACAUGACCAACUACACCAACUCCAGCUCUUUUUGUAAAUUUAACGAAGAUUUUAAAUACAUCCUCCUCCCCGUCAGCUACACCCUGGUCUUUGUGAUCGGCCUGGCGCUGAACGCCACGGCGCUCUAUGUGAUCGUGUUCCGGACAAAGCACUGGAGGCCCUCCACCGUCUACAUGUUCAACCUGACCAUGUGCGACACGCUCUACAUCUUCACUCUGCCCUUCCUCAUCUACUACUACGCCGAUGAGAACGACUGGCCCUUCAGCGAACCCGUCUGCAAGCUGAUACGCUUCCUGUUUUAUGCCAACUUGUAUGGUUCCAUUCUGUUCCUGUGCUGCAUCAGUCUGCAUCGGUUUGUUGGCAUCUGCUACCCGGUCCGCUCCCUGAACUGGGUCAGCGCUCGUCAGGCCCGGCUGGUGUCUGUGGCAGUGUGGGCUUGUGUUUUAUUCUGCCAGGCUCCUGUCCUUUACUUUGUAAGGACUAGAGAUGUGAACACUGAGCGCAUCUGCUACGACACCACCAGCCCGGAGCUUUUCGACGACUUCCUGGUGUACAGCUCCGUCGUGUCGGUGCUCAUGUUCGCCUUGCCCUUCAUGGUGGUGAUGGUGUGCUACGGCCUCAUGGUGCGGAAGCUCCUAGAGCCCGGGUGGGGCUCCGACAGGGGAGCUGAAGGUGCGAGGGGAGGCCUGACAGCCCACCGGUCCAAGCAGAAGUCAGUGAAGAUGAUCAUCAUUGUGCUGGCGGCGUUCAUGCUGUGCUUCCUCCCAUUCCACCUCACCAGGAGUCUUUAUUACUCCAUCAGAUACCUGAGGCAGGUGGAUCCGUCGCAGAUCAGCUGUAGAUUGCUGGAGGCGACCAGCGUGGCCUACAAGGUGACCCGACCUUUAGCCAGCGCCAACAGCUGCGUGGACCCCAUCCUUUACUUCCUGGCUGGGCAAGACGCCCGCAGCAACCUCACCAAGAAAAUCAAACUGUCCUCACCGAAACCAAACCCUAUGAGCCAAUAAUUAGCACCAUCACUCUGAUCCAGCAGCUGGCUCCAUCUACAGGAGUGCUACUGCUUCAUGGACAAGAUCUGCACUUAUUGUGCUGGAUAUUUAACGCCACGAAACACUAGCGAGAGCAACUAUCAGUUCUAAAGUCUGAACCUUUCUGAAGAAAGGUUUUGAACAAAUCAUAUCUUAGCUGUUAUAAAUAACUUUUUAUACGAACUCAGUUUGGAAAAAAAAACCCUGUUAAAUUCUGAUUGAAGAGCUAACGGCUAGUCCGCACAAAACCU